UAUAAAACGUGAAACUUAAUGUGAAAAUAUAUUUCCAACUUGAAUCUCAUCAUGGAGAAAAUUUUGCUUUUCAUAUUUUUAAUUAAUUCAAUAAAUUUACAGGGUACUUUAGGUUAUUGUCUAUCAAAUCCUGGAGCUGAUAAUUUGAAUUUAAAAAAGAUUUCAGGAAUUUGGUAUGAAAUUCAACGUACGCCAAGUUUGUUGCAACUAAAUGAAGAAUGCACGUAUUAUAAUUUAAUUAUUGCCAACAAUAAUUCAAUAAUAAUUGAAGGACAUUCUCGAGACGAAAUAUCAGGAGCUAAAAAAAGUUGGAAUGGAAUAGCAAUAAAAAAUAAAAAUACCGGAUUAUAUCAUUUUGAAGGAAAAUAUUCACAUUCUAACAGUGAACAAUGUGGAAUUCUUGAAACAGACUAUGAUAAUUAUUUAAUUAUUUACAGCUGUGUAUCCGUGUCUCGUUCAAAUUACAUUUUAUUAGCCUGGUUACUCGGAAGAUCACCUCAAUUAAGUCAAAAUCAUAAAGACCAUUAUAUUGACGUUUUAAAAUCAAUACAAUGGCCAAUUGAGACUAUCAACAUUAAUCAAAUUAAUUGUUAA